AACAGACACAAACCUACAACUGAGAUAACAGCAGACUUUACAACAGUAGAAGUUACAACAGUAGAAGAUACAACAGUAGAAGAUACAACAGUAGAAGAUACAACAGUAGAAGUUACAACAGUAGAAGAUACAACAGUAGAAGAUACAACAGUAGAAGUUACGAGAGAAGAAGAUACAACAGUAGAAGUUACAACAGUAGAAGAUACAACAGUAGAAGUUACGAGAGAAGAAGAUACAACAGUAGAAGUUACAACAGUAGAAGUUACGAGAGAAGAAGUUACGAGAGAAGAAGAUACAACAGUAGAAGAUACAACAGUAGAAGAUACAACAGUAGAAGUUACAACAGUAGAAGUUUCAAGAGUAGGUGUUUUUUUGGGGACCACAACCGUAUAAAGAUGUAUAAGGGAAUCUAUGAAAACACAAAUGGAUUUGAAGAUGAAGAACCUAACGAAAUAGAGACCAUUGACAUUGAUGAUCAUAUUUACAACAACAAAAGACCCAUCAUGCCCCGCAAGAAGGAUGGAGCUGGUGAACAACAUUCAGUGUAUCUUUGGAGGUGGAAGAGACAUUUCCCAACUGCUGCAGUGUGUCUGGGGCUGCUGUGUGUUCUCCUACUGGCUUGGAUCAUAGGCCUGUUACUCUACCAGAGAAGCCAAUUGACCAGUUCUGACACCCUGACCAAAGAGAGAGACCAGCUACAGACCAGUUACAACACCCUGACCAAAGAGAGAGACCAGAUACAGACCAGUUUCAACACCCUGACCAAAGAGAGAGACCAGCUACAGACCAGUUCCGACACCCUGACCAAAGAGAGAGACCAGCUACAGACCAGUUUCAACACCCUGACCAAAGAGAGAGACCAGAUACAGACCAGCAACAACACCCCGACCAAAGUGAGAGACCAGCUACAGACCAGCUACAACACCCUGGCCAAAGAGAGAGACCAGCUACAGACUAGCAACAACAUGCUGACCAAAGAGAGAGACCAGCUACAGACCAGCUACAACACCCUGACCAAAGAGAGAGACCAGCUACAGACCAGCUACAACACUCUGACCAAAGAGAGAGACCAGCUACAGACCAGCUACAACACCCUGACUGAAGAGAGAGACCAGCUACAGACAAGUUCCAACACCCUGACCAAAGAGAAAGACCAGCUACAGACCAGUUCCAACACCCUGACCAAAGAGAGAGACCAGCUACAGACCAGUUACAAUAGCCUGACCAAAGAGAGAGACCAGCUACAGACCAGUUCCAACACCCUGAUCAAAGAGAAAGACCAGAUACAGACCAGCUACAACACCCUGACCAAAGAGAGAGACCAGCUACAGACCAGAUACAACACCCUGACCAAAGAGAGAGACCAGCUACAGACCAACUACAACACCCUGACCAAAGAGAGAGACCAGAUACAGACCAGCUACAACACCCUGACUGAAGAGAGAGACCAGCUACAGACAAGUUCCAACACCCUGACCAAAGAGAGAGACCAGCUACAGACCAACUACAACACCCUGACCAAAGAGAGAGACCAGCUACAGACCAGUAACAACACCCUUACUGCAGAAAGAGACCAGCUGCAGACCAAUUAUAACACCCUGACCAAACAGAGAGACCAGCUAGAGACCAGCUGCAACACCCUGACCAAAGAGAGAGACCAGCUACAGACCAACUACAACACCCUGACCAAAGAGAGAGACAAGAUACAGACCAGUAACAACACUGAAGAAAGAGACCAGCUACAAAAAGAGACAGAAUGUCUGAAACAAUCUUUAGUUCAGAAAGUGUGUCCGGAAGGAUGGAAGAAGCUUGGUAGCAGUUGUUACUACGUCUCUACUGAGACAAAAUCCUGGGAGGAGAGCAGACAGGACUGCAGAAAUAGAGGAGCACACCUGGUGGUCAUCAAGAGCGAAGACGAUCAGACAUUUGUCAAUUGGUUAUGCGGGGUAAAGAACUACGUCUGGAUUGGUCUGACUGACUCUGUUUCUGAGGGGACCUGGAAAUGGGUGGACGACACACCACUGACCACAAAGUAUUGGAACAGUAAAGAGCCUAAUGGUGGAAGAGCUGAGAACUGUGUGUAUUUCUACUCCUGGUCAUCAGACACAGGAGAAUGGAUUCUCCUUGGUCGUCUCUCUUCGGGGCAAAGAGAGGACAACUCGCUGGCACCAAUGUUUUCUAAAGCACAAAACUCCCAUCAGGAUGUGUAACCAACAGUUUGUCUCUAGUAACAGAGGUGGACGGUGGGGGACGCGGUUCUUUGUUGCUACCGCAUCUGGGACCCGCUCAACUGAUUCCCCUGGGGGGGGGAAGAAGGGGCUUCUAACCUAGGGGCACGUCCCCAGUGGAAGACAAGGGGCCAGCCAACAAAUCACACCGUGUCCUGGCCUGUAUCCUCUCGGACGGAGCACAGACCCCUCCCCCCGUGACAAAACUCUCCCCUCAGCACUUUUCACAAGAAACUGAGACAGGAAGAUCUACUGUCUACUGUCGUCACCAAGCACCGUCUCCAAAUCCCAUUGUACUGGCCGUUUGUCAUACAAGGUCUUUGUCACAUCCAGGCGUCAUGCCGAGGGCACAGAGCAAAAAUAUGAUGAAAGGGGCAAAUAUGUUACAUGGUAGAUACAGUAUCUGACAUGGUAGAUACAGUAUGUUACAUGGUAGAUACAGUAUGGUACAAUACAGUAUGUUACAUGGUAGAUACAGUAUGGUACA